UUCGUUUAUUAACCAACAACUGUAAAAUGGUUUGCAAGGGCUGUGGUACCAAUUGCAAGUGCAGCGAAAUCAAAUGCGGUGACAAUUGCUCAUGUAGUCAGGACUGCAAAUGUGUCUGCAAAACUGGCACCAAGGAUCAAUGUUGCGCCACUAAGGCCAAAUAAAGUUGACAAUAAGUGGAAACUCAUAUAUAUAUGCUUUUCCUAUUAGAAAUGGAAUUGAUGUCAGACGAAUUCUAAUGAAAUGAUAAUAUAACAAAACAAAGGUUUCACUAAUUGGAAAUUGA